GUAGUCAUUCUAGUUGCCUAUCAACCAUGUCGAUCCCAUAUAGACAGUAUGUGCAUGGACCGGCACCAUUUUGAUCAGCUCUAAGUGUAGCACUAGGGAUAUGCCCCCACCGGGAGGCUUCGAGUCCGUCAAGUACAAACGGAACUUGCCUUUUCGUGGACCCGGAGCUUUCGCCAUUCUGGGUGGUGUCACGCUUGUCUCCGCGUAUGGCUUCUAUCGAUUGGGUAAAGGAAAUCUAGAGAAACGGGAGCUGGAGAGAGAAAAGGUCUGGUCGCGUAUCCACCUGGUCCCCCUUCUGCUGGCCGAGGGUGAUCGCGCCGCGUAUGCUCGCCACCAAGCGGACAUUGCUUUAGAAAAGGCUAUUAUGAAGGAUGUGGCCGGUUGGGAGGCUGGUAAAAGCGUCUACAACAACUCGAAAUACGAAUCGCCACGGAUUAACAUAUCGUAGUGAUGUAUUUCGGACUUCCGAACACCGACGUCUUCCAUUAGAGCCUGAAAUUAAGAAAAGAGACUCAUGGCAGUAUUAUUGAUCUUGAGUGAUGGCUGGAUUUAUUGGACAGAUUCGAUACAUUUGAUGCAUACUGUCGGAAGGAGAUAUGUAGACCUUUGUGAGGG